ACUGCCUAACAAACUCGACUACCCAGUUGAGAGUCCCUUAAUACGUCAUCGGUCUAAUAUAAUAAAACCAACCUGUUGACGAGCUGAUCUCAUCCAAGCGACAAUAAAUAAAAUAUAAAACGACAACCAAUGUUUAGCUCAUGAAAAUUCUGGAAUCAAGAAUUUUCCAUAGGAGGAGGACGGCACACCAGAGUUGCUGGCCGCAGGCAGCUCACCACUACCGCCACUGUGCUGCCAGAAUCAACAUUAUUAGAUAUCACGUAUUAGCAGAAAGGCUGAGAAAAGGAAAAACUCAAGCUACAUUGUUUUAUUGCCUUUGCAAUGGAGAAGCCUUCCUUUUUCGACAAAAUGAUGCUUAAUCUCCGUGCGACUUGCAGGUAUUAUACUGGAUAUCCAAAGGAUCUUGGGCCAUCAAGGGUUAUUCAUUUUACUUCAGAGCGGGAGUUUGUCCAGCUUCUUCAUCAAGGUUACCCUGUGGUUGUUGCAUUUACCAUCAAAUGUAACCUUACAAAGCAUCUUGACAAAGUUCUCGAGGAAGCAGCAGUCAAAUUCUAUCCUCAUGUAAAAUUUUUGCGUGUUGAGUGCCCAAAGUAUCCUGGGUUUUGUAUAUCUCGCCAGAAGACGGAAUAUCCAUUUAUUGAGAUAUUUCACAGUCCUGAACAAGCAAUUAAUCAUGGAAGGGUUGCUGAUCCAAAUAUUACAAAAUACUCUGUGCAAGUUUUACCUUUCAACUAUGAUGUCAGCACCUAUGGUUUCAGAGAAUUUUUCAAGCGCCAUAGCAUACAUCAUUCUGGUCCUAGGUGAAACUUUACUGAGUUCAGCUUUUUCCAAGCGCCAUGGCAUACAGCAUUCUGGUCCUAGAUGGUUGAAGUACUUGACAAACUUGUUGCAUCAA